AUGGCGGCGCCCAGCGCCGGGCGCGGCGGGGCGGUCCCGGGGGGGAGUCCCCGAGGGGGGGUCCCGGUGACCCCCCGGCAUAUCAGGGACCUCAUCGACCGCGGCAUCGCCGCCGGAGGCACCGGGAACGGCGGGAAGGACGCGGCCGAGCUGUCGGAAUCGGCCAACGGCUCUUCCCAGAUGGAGGAGAAUUCCUUGGAAUCUGCCAGCAGGGAAGCCUAUUUCAGCAGGGUGGAAACCUUCACCAUCCCCUGGUGGGCGGGCAAGCCGGCGGCCCUUUCCCCCCUGGAAUGUGCCCUGGGCUGGAAAAACGUGGAAUGUGACCUCCUGAGGUGCUCCAGCUCGGCCCUGCUCUGCGCCCGCCUCCAGCUCUCCCUGGAUCUCGGCACCUGUGCACCGGAGCGCUGUGCGGAGCUGAGGAGAUCCCUGAGCUCGGCCCACUAGAGGUUCUGCUUCUGGCCAGACAGCCCCUGCCCAGAGCGCUUUGCCCUGCUCCUGGUGGACGAGCCCCGAGUGCUUCUCCAGGAAUUCCUGGAGCGCUUCCAGAGCCUUUCCCGCCUGGAGCUGCAGCUUCCCUCGCUCCGGCCCGAGGACCUCGGGAACAUGCCGCUGUCGGAGGAGCGGAUCCGCCGCCUCCUGGAGCUCAUCCAGGACGAGCUGGAAUCCGGCCGGGAAGAGGAGAAGCCCCCCGGGAAGUUUUCCAUGGAAAGCCCGCAGGGACACGCCGUGCCCGCCUCCAUCCUGGCGCUCUGCGGCUGGAAUUGCAGCGCAGUUCCGGCGGUCCCCGACCUGCCGGUGAUCUCCUGCUCCCGCUGCAUGAGGAAGGUGGGGCUCUGGAGCUUCCACCAGCUGGAAUCCUCCGCUCCAGAGCCGGAUUCCUGCGGCUCCUCCGGCAGCCGCUUCCCGGCCGUGCCCACGUCCCCCCGCCGGAUCGUCACCCGGAGCCAGGACACGAUCGCCGGAGCCGAGCAGCAGGAGAAGAGCCCAUCCCCAUCCAUCUCCCACCCAAGGGGUUGGGAUUCUCCCUGCUCCAUGGACCGUGGGGAGCUGGAAGUGUCCAGCCCCUCCCUCCGGAGCCGCCCGGUGACGCGGAGCAUGGGACAGGGGGACACCGUGGAAGUGCCAUCCAGCCCCAUCCGCAGGGCCAAGCGGGCACGGCUCUGCUCCUCCGGCGGCUCGGACGCUUCCCCGAGGAGCUUCUUCCACCCCAGCCAGCACCGGGACUGGUGUCCCUGGGUGAGCUCCAGGGAGGGACAGGAUUCCCUGGAGGAUGUUGUAUCCCACGGGGAGAAGGCCGGGAAGGCGGAGCCGGGCUGGAAAUUGGUGCUGGACACCCUGCUGGGCACCCGGAGGGGCGACGCCGUGCCCGACACGGAGCCGGUGAGCCUCUCGGAGAAGUCCUGCAAGGUGUUCCGCAUUUUCCGGCAGUGGGAGAGCAUGAACUCCUCCUGAAUCCCUCCAGAAUUCCUCCAGAACUCCUCCUGAAUUCCUGAGCCUCUGGAAGCCAGCACACCCCAGGGGCUCCGUGGCUGGGAGACGGACCCUCUUCCCAGCUCCGUGCCUCGGGAAGGGGAUCCCGAGGGAGCCAUCCCGGGAUCCCCCAUCCCCGCCUGCCUUCCCCAGUUGCUGCUAUCCCGCGGCUCCGGAGGCUCCGGGAGCCCCUCCAGGAGCCGGGAUGUGCCGUUGGGAUGAGUUGGGAUGAGGAGGAGCCGCCGUUCCCGGCGGGGUGUCCGCGGGGUCCGGCCCUUCCCGCUGGAAGUGACUCCAGGUGGGAAUAAACAUUUCACUUUUUGGCAUUGGA